UAAAGCAGUCGUCAACUAAAUCAGAAUCAUGAGCGGAAGAGGCAAAGCAGGAAAAUCGAAGGGAGGCAAAUCCAAGACCAGGUCGUCCCGUGCCGGACUCCAGUUCCCGGUCGGUCGUAUCCACCGUCUGUUGAGAAAAGGUAACUACGCCGAACGUGUCGGAGCCGGUGCACCCGUAUACCUGGCCGCCGUCAUGGAAUACUUGGCAGCCGAAGUUUUGGAAUUGGCCGGUAACGCUGCCCGUGACAACAAGAAGUCCCGUAUCAUUCCCAGACAUUUACAAUUGGCCAUCAGAAAUGACGAAGAAUUGAACAAACUGUUGUCCGGUGUUACAAUCGCACAAGGCGGUGUGUUGCCCAACAUCCAAGCCGUACUUUUGCCCAAAAAGACUGAAAAGAAAGUCUAAAACUUCUACCCAAAUCUUUCUCCACUAAAAAAGGCCCUUAUCAGGGCCACCAAUUAAAAACGUAUUGAACUGUCUCAAUAUAAUAACACACCUACUACAA